AUGUCGUUGUCUAACCUUGCUCCAUUAGAUUCCACGUCAAUUGCGACAAUCAAUGCAGCAUGCAAAUUUUUUGGAUUCCUCCAUGCAAACCCUCGGUGGUCCCUCAAGAUCCAGCCCGAUGAGGUGGAGCUGAUUUAUUUCAUCGUCCUGAAUUAUUCAGAGCAAGGAAAGAGUAUCGGAAGCUCUGACAUGUCUAUUUCCAGCUCUCGAAUCCUUGCAUCGACCCAAUGCCCUUUUCCGAAUUGGUGGUUGACCAAUGGAGGACAAGCGCGAAAGUCACGGCGAAAGGCAGCGCGAGUCUUUCUCAGAGAUGCCAAGCGAAUCUUCAUGACAGAUGCCUUUUAUAAUUGGAAGAGACAAGUCUUCACAACAUCAAUACUUGACCUGCCUAACGAGCUGUUGCAGCUCAUUGCAGGUCAGUUACCGACAGAGUCUCUCAUUAGACUCUGUCAAUCGAAUCGCCGUCUCUCCAAGGUGAUCGGCUUUAAGCUCUGGAGACCACUGGACAGAACUAUCAAGGCACUGAUAUGGAGCUUGAAUAACACUCACCCGACAGUUUACGAAAAGGCAGUCGAACAACUUUCGAAUAUGGCAGGAAGUAUGGGUGAUAAAUUCACGUGGAGAUUGUUUCAUGUCAUUAACACCAACAAUAUUCAUAUGCUGGAGUUUAUGGCUUCGAAAGGGGGGUUUGGUGGGGAAUUAUAUCGCCAAUUCCUCAUAGACACGCUGUUUGACAAUCUAGAACAGUCAAGGCCCAAACAUCUGUCUGUUAAAGAGGUCCUCAAACUAGGGGCUGAUCCGAAUUGUUCCAGCGAUUGGCCCACCCUUCGCGACUUGGAUCUUGGGCGUAUUCCAAUACUUUUGGUUGCUAUUUGUGGUUGCCGUGCUUUUUGUGCCGAUAUUUUGGAGCGUUCGACGAAACAUGAGCACGACAUAUACAAGAUUUCAAAGCGGCCCGGAAGCGUCGAUAAUGUUCGCCUUUUGCUCGAACACGGGGCUGAUCCAAAUAUCCACAUAUCCGACAAGACAUCACCACUUCAUGUGACUGUCUCCCUGUGCAAUUCCAAGAGAAAGCCAGAAAUUGUGACUGAAUUGAUCAAUUAUGGUGCCAAUGUAAAUGCAAUUGGUCCCAAUGGUAAAACGCCUCUUCAUAUGGCCGUUGGUCGAAAUAAUUGUGUCAAGUCCCACUCUCCCUGCGAAGCCACAAUCAAGGUCCUCCUUCAAGCUACAGGAAUCGACCUCGACCGACGUGACGAGAAUGGCCGUACACCCUUGAGCAUUGCUGCCGGCCGUAACACAGCCUGCUCUACUUGGUUUGUGGAAAGAAUGCUUCAAAAUUCCGAUGUUGAUAUCAAUUCCCAAGACAUUCAUGGGAGGACGGUAUUAUAUCAUUCGGUAGCGAGCCGAAACAAAAGAGUCACCGAGCUGUUGCUGUCGCAGACUAAUAUCAACCCGAAUCUCAAUACUACGAAGUUGCCCUUGUUUUUCGCCGUUUCGCAGCGAAUGGAAAGGAUGGUCGAGAUAUUGCUAAGCGAAAAGGCAACCGACCCAAACCGGAAAGACAGCAAUGGGCGUCUCGCUUUGACAUUGCCAACUACAAGGCAUAUAAUCAAACUUCUUAUCAAAGCUGGUGCUCAGCUGGACAUUCGAGAUAGCACGGGUCUGACUGCACGGGAAACGAUUUCGCGGGCGGGCAUCAAUCUUGAGCAGCUAAUGCACCCACGCAAGAGAAAAAGAACAGGAGGAAAAGGGAAAGGGAAAGGGAAAAAAAAGAGUCGACGAUAUUAG